AGCUUGUGGUUUUCAUUUGGACUGAUUUAUUUGGAGCGGUGGGCCUGAUUUUCUGACGGAAAAAAUACCAAGAUCUGAAAUUAGUUGUACCGGGUAUCUCGUCUAGUCGUUUGAGAUGGCAGAAGACGGGAAGUUCCGAAUUGAAAAGUUCGAUGGUACAGAUUUCAGUUGGUGGAAGAUGCAAAUUGAAGAUUUGCUAGUUCAGAAAGAUUUGGAUGUGGUUUUGGGUGACAAGCCAAAAAAAGAUGUCGGAUGCAGAUUGGGCAGGUUUGGAUCGGAAAGCUAUGUCCGUGAUCCGUCUCUCGUUGACCAAGAAUGUUGUGUUCAACAUUCUGAAGGAGAAGACAGCGAAGGAAUUAUGGACGCGCUGUCUAACAUGUACGAGAAGCCUUCGGCAGCGAACAAAGUUUUUCUGAUAAGAGAGCUGGUGAACACAAAAAUGAAAGAAGGCACUUCUGUUACCGAGCAUAUCAAUAAGCUGAAUUCGAUCUUAGCCAGACUUUUGUCGCAGUUACCGGUUCAGAUUCGAGAUCUCGUUCUUGGCGAGGAUGUCAGAAGAAAGAGUUCAGGGGAGUCAUCUGGUGAAUUGCUUCAUGUUGGUAGAGGCAGAAGAUAUAUCAGAGGUAGUGGGAGCAGGAACAGACAAAGGAGUCAGUCGAAGACUCGUGACAGCUCAGGUGUAACGUGCUGGAAGUGCAAGGAGGUAGGGCAUUUUAGGAAUCAAUGUCCGAAUGAUAAGAAAGUAAACAUUGCUCAAGGCUCUGCGAGUGACGAGGAGGUCGCUCUGACUUGCUUUGAGGAAAGCAAUGUGGAUUCAUGGGUCAUGGAUUCUGGUGCUUCAUUUCAUGCCACCCACAGCGGUGAAGCAUUGCAGAAUCUGGUUAUUAGAGACUUUGGAAAGGUACGACUAGCGGACGACAGAGCUCUUGAUGUGACGGGCAUGGGUGACAUAGUGCUGAAGACCCCAGUCGGUUUCUGGACUUUGAAGGAUGUCAAAGUCGUUCCAGCCUUGAAGAAAAGUUUGAUUUCUGUCAGGCAGUUGGACGAACAGGGACACGAGACUCAGGAUGAACGAGCAUGGAAAGGUUUAAUGGGGCCAGUCAUAGGUAUUUGUGGCAGUGGGAGCUCAAGAGGCGCUUCAGCCAAGUUGCCUAGAAGACAGUGGGUCAGGAGAACCAGUAUUCCAGCUGUUGGAACAUCUCCAGAAAAUUUCUUGCUGAGUAUGGAGAGUGUUUGUUCUCAGGAUGUUCCAAGAUCCGGCAGUGUGCGUCUGCAGUGGGAACCGGUAGGGACCGAGGACGAGUCAGGGGCUGAUUUUGCCGUGACUGAUGUGUUGGAGCUUGGGAGAGCUUCAACGGGCCUUUCAGUGGUCUGAUGAUAGGGCCACUGCAACAGGAGAGCUGAGGAAGAUUACUCGAUGUACAGGCGAUCGUGGCGGAUGGCAGUUGAUGUUUAUCAAGCCUCCAAGUGGGAGAAUGUUGGGCUUUGUGGAGGCUUGUUUGUCGGCCCGGCCCAGUUGUGCGUAGCCCUAGUUUUUCCCCUAUAUAUAGAGGGCUUGUUCUUGCAAUCU